AUGUCGCGAUCCGAAGUGGAAUCCUCGGUCGCGGAUGAUAUCGCGGGUUCCCUGAAAAACAAACCUGCUCAGAAGGUGCUUUCGGACAACAACAUCUCCGAGAAAGACGCAAAGCCAAUUUCUGAAGAAGAUGUGAUCGUCUUAGACGGUCCGGCGAAAGAAAACGCAGUUGAUCAUCCUCGUAGGAAACAACUAUCCAUUAUAGACAUGAUGAAGAACGCGAAACGCGUCAGAAGUCCUCUCAAAGAAGAAGAUUCGUCGAAGCGGCCGAAACUCUCUGAAGCUGAAAACUGCGCUAUGAAACCCGUCACGGUGCUGCUCGUCAGAGACCCCGUGUUAGAAAAGAAAUCCGAAGAAGUGGUCUCUGAAAUGGAUUCAUCCUCUGAGGAACUUUCCGUUGAGGAAGAAAAGGCAAAAGAGGAAAAGCGCAAAGAGAAAGAAUUGCGCCAGAAACGUAAAGAAGAAGAGCGGCUUGAGAAAGAGCGUCGGAAAAAGCAGCAAGAAGAAGAACGAAAACAAAAGGAGGAAGAACGUCAACGCAUCCGUGAGGAGAAGGAACAGAAACGUCGCGAAAAAGAGGAAGCCAAGGAGAAAGAACGAUUAGAAAAGGAAGCGAAGUCUAAAGCGAAGGAAGAAGAACAAAGGCAAAAAGAAGAAGAGAAACGUAAAGCUGAUGAGGCGAAGCAGCGAGAAGAGGAAGCUAAAUUGGAGAAGGCGAAAAAGCAGAAGAACUUCUUCGCAAAAUUCUUUGUGAAAGUUGACGUUCAACCUCAAUCAACUGCUACCUCUCAGGUUACCAACGAACUUUUCAAGCCUUUUGCGUUGAAAGACAACAUGAAACUCGCUCCCCGAACCAGAGCAGCAAUUUCUGACGUUCGGAAAUCAGCUCUCGAUAAUCUCCUGACCUCGCAAACAACCGGAAAAUCCGGAAUGUACCUUCAGGAACUCAAAGACUCUUCGUACAAUCCCGGAAGCUCAUCGGCAACUUAUCCUGUCACUAAACUGGACGAAAGUGACGUGCAAAUCAUGGACGAAAGCACGAGUGAUAUUAUGUUCGAAACUCAUUUGGACGCGAGAAGCCAAGAAUCCUGUGCCACGAAACGCGGAAAACUGUUGCAGUUUGACGAAAAUCGUCGCCCACCGUAUUUUGGAACCUGGCGAAAGAAUUCGAAGAUCAUCAACCCUCGCAACCCAUUCAAAAAGGAUCCUGUAUUCUUCGACUACGAAGUGGAUUCGGAUGACGAAUGGGAAGAUGAAGAUGAUAAUGCUGAGAGCCUGAAGGGAGACAGUGACGAGGAGAAAGAAAGCGAAGAUGAUUAUGAAAUCGAUAAUGAUUUCUUCGUUCCACACGGAUAUUUAUCCGACGAUGAAGGCGAUGGAAGCGGCGAUGAAGCUGAACAAAAGACGGAUGAACGUGAUGUUGACCCUGAUGCUCAGGAGAAGAAACUGCGCAAGAAAGCCGCAGAGUUCGAAGAAGAACUCAAACGGAAGACGACUCGAUUGCAUCCCAUUCUCAUCGGCCCUCUGUGGAGUUCGGAAGAACAUCCGAUGAAUCCCAAGUGGCUGACUCAUUUGGAACCCUUGGAAGCCUUGCUUUGUUGUGGCAACACCGUCGCAGUUUAUACAUCUUUCAAUCCUCCGCCGAAAAGCGAGGAUGGAGCGACUUUGCAGGCGGAUCCGGAUUCCGCCAAGCGCCGGAAGCGGAAGCGUUCGGAAUUCCCUGACGAGGCUGUGCCACAGUUGGUGAAACAUCUCUAUGCGAGAUCGUCGAAGAGCAAAGUUGCUUUGGCCAACGAAUUUGGCGAUGAAUGGGUUCGAGAAACUGCUUUGAAAGGGCUGCCGAUUGUGAAGAUUCCGAAGUUGUUGAUCGUCGCCAAGUUGAAGGAGAUUGCGGAUUGGGAUCCGUCUCGUGGCCGUUGGCUCGUCAAGGACGACGUUCGCAAAGAAUAUCCAGACUUGGCAGAUUUGGAGCACGAAGAAUCGGUGGAAGAAACUAAAAUCAAGUCCAAAAAAAGGGUCAAAAGUGCUGUGAAGACAGAAACAGCCGAAGAAGAAAUCCCGGAAACUACAAGUGCGUCAAAAACUGCUAAAAACGGGCCUUUGGACUCGUUUUUGCGGAAAGGCGCAAUGACUUCACGAUUAGAACCUUUGGCCUCCAGCAUCGGAGAAUUGCAAAAACGAGCGGAUGUGGAGGAUGAUGUAAAGAAAGAGCGUGGGGACAAGUUGAUAAAAUCGCUGGAAAUGAUUUACAAGAAAGCAGAUGAGGCAUACAGAAAGGGGGACCUGGAAAUGAGCUACGUGUUUUACUAUCGAACAUUCACACUGUUGAACUUGCUUCGUCGUUCGACUAACUACCGCGCGGAAGCGGAAAGAAGGUUUGGAAAUUUAUCUCUAGAAUCCCUGAAUCGCUUGGAGGAAUUACAAGGGAAACUGGAAGCGAGAUACGAAGAGAUGAAGCGCCGGAAAUCCCUUGAACUCGAGAAGCAAGAGAAAGAAACUGUUGCAUCUCCAGUGAAAAAUGGAGUUGUCAAUGGCCCUGCGGAUCUCAUUCUAAUUGAUGCGGAGGAACCCAUCGUAACUGCCUCCUUGCAACGAAAGCCUUCUCGAGAACGAUGGAAGAAGAUUUCCUGCGAUUCUCUCGCUAGGAAUCUCGAAGGAUGUUUCGAUUACUCAAUCCUCAUCCUAGAUUGUCGUCCAAGCGAGCAUUUUUUGUCUUCACAUAUCCUACACGAGCGAGCCAUCAACAUUCCUGCCGAUGGAUUGAACGCGGGAGUGACUACGCAUAAAGUGGAGACAUUGAUCCCCCCUUUGUAUGUGGAGAAGUGGCGGGAACGACACAGUGUUGAUUUGUUGGUGCUGUGUGACUGGGAUUCGGAUCCUCCGAGCAACGCGAUCCAGCCAAGACUUGCUGCUCUUCUAAAAUCUUUGAGCAUGGACGAGGUUGAAUACAAGAGCGUCCCGAUGGUGCUUCAAGGUGGCUACGAAAUGUUCGCCAGGAAGUUCCCGAAACUAACGACCCACCCCGACGUUGCUCGCCCGGAAAUUUCCUCGGAACCCGCUGCGCCGACAUUAAUCUCAUCAAUUCACAUUUCUGUGGACCCAUCUAAAAUAUCCUUGAAUACGAAAGUGUCUUACCCGAAACUCACCUUCGCGUCAUCGGAGGCGAAAAAACCGAAACCCGUGGAAUCAACAGAAGAAACGGAUGUUGGGUUCCACAGGUUCCGAGGACAUCAUCGUGCUUUUGCGGAUCCCGUGCCUGCGUUCGACCGUUCUAGCAAACCUAAAAUAUUGGAAAAAUUUUGGAACAAAUCAUCGACAACAUCCAUGAGUUCUGUGUUGAGUGACGACGUUCCUCUUGUGGACCGCAACAAAAAGCCGCCAGAAUUGGUGGCGUCAUUGUCGUCGGCGAGUGAAGAAAAGAAUAAGAUAGAAGAAGAUUACUUGCGUGAAAUGAGAGCAGCGGAAGAGAAAGAAAAGAAGUGGAUACUAUUGGCGAAUGAGCGGAAGGCUGAUGCAGAUGGAGUCAGGAUUCGUGAAUUGCAGGACAAAGAAGAGUCGCUUUUGAGAGAGCUUGAAGCCAGUGAGAAGAAUCGAAAAUCCUUGGAACGGGAACAAAUGCAUGCGAAGAAUCUGAUAGAUCAACUGCGAGCUCGGUUACGAGCAUCAGGCGAAUCGCCGCCUGCGGAAGAGACGGUCUCGGAGAAAAAGCAAGCCAAGGAACUCCGGAAGUUGGAAAUUGAUCUACAGCAGAUGAGAAAAGAGCGGAAAGAAAUUGAGUGGCAACGCCGGGAACAGGAAGAAAAACACCGUCAGGAAGUUGAGCGGAAACGUCGUGAACUGGAAGAAAGACAAGAGAGAGAACGUGAGGAAGAAAAACGUCGACGUCAGCAAUCCGCCGAAUCUGAGAGGCUGAAACGAAUUGAGGAAGAAAAGAAGAGAAAAAUAGCCGAGGAGGAAGAAAGGAUCAAGAGUCAAUUGGCAAUGGAGAGACGAAAAGAGGAAAUGGCGAGGAAUAUCACCAAGGUACCAUUGAAGGAUGCUGGUGGGGGUCUGAGGAGGUCUCAUUCUUCUCCCAGCAUUGACCAGUUGGGACUGAUUGAGGAAAGAAGUGCUGUCGUAUCGUCUUCAGACCGUCAGUUGAAGAGGGAGUCUUUCAAGAUGGAUUAUUUCAUGUCGAGAAGGAGGAAUUUCGCUGAAGUUCACGGGAAUACUGUACCCGGGAGGACGGGUUUGAAAAACCUGGGCAACACCUGCUACAUGAAUGCGACCAUCCAGUGCCUUGGGAACACUCCCUUUAUCUGGUCUUAUUUUCAUGAAGGAAAAUUCUUUGAGGACCUUAAUGCCAAGUGCGACACGAAGGGAGAAGUGGCAAAAGAGCUUUACUUGGUUUUCCGCCACUUGUGGUCUGGAAACUACAGGAACAUCGCCAUCUAUGACUUUAAAGAACUGGUUGGAAGGUAUUAUUCUUCGUUUGCUGGAUCUGAUCAGCAAGAUUGCCAUGAGUUUUUGGUCAUUCUUCUUGCCUGGCUUCGUGAUGACGUCAACAAGAUCAAAGGAAGACCUGCUUCAAAUUUAUCCCUGGACAUCGACAAGAUUCCGAAUGAUAUAGAAGCUGCUACAGCUGCGUGGAAAGUUUUGAAUGCUGCUGAGCAGUCCAUAUUUGUGGACUCGUUUGGAGGCUUGCAGAGAUCCACGUUGGUUUGCCAGAAUUGCAACGACAGGUCCAGGACUUUUGAGCCCAUUUUUGAGCUCUCCUUGCCAUUGCCUUCCAAAAAUCGCUGCACGCUCGAGAAUUACGCGUUACCUGAUGAAUUUGACGAGAAGAAACCGCUCAUUUUUCAGGACUGCAUCAGAGAAUACUUGAAUGGCGAGUUUCUGUCGGACAGGGAGUGUCCCAAGUGCCACCGCAAGGGUCACACGGUGAAGAAAUUCAACAUUUGGAAGUUCCCCCACAUCCUAGUGAUACACCUGAAGCGGUUUGAGAAGCAUGCUGGCCGACUAGACAAGAAACUGCAGAACUUUGUGGACUUCCAACUGGACAGACUAGACCUCGGGGAAUUUCCGAUCGCACCAGAAGGUGCCCACGUUCCCACGACGUCUUCUCCGACGAAGUUCGACCUGUUUGCUGUUACCAAUCACUACGGCACUAUGGAUGGCGGGCAUUAUACUGCGUAUUGCAAGAAUAAGGGGAAAACGUGGUGCAAGUAUGAUGACCAGAGUGUACGAGAAAUGCCUGCGAGUGAAGUGAAGAGCUCUGCUGCCUACGUCCUCUACUUUGCCGAAUACAGGCUGAUGCAGUCCUUCAGACAGGCCUACAUGUAGAUUUAUUUCAUGCCCGAAGAUGCAAUGCAUUUUUUUUUUCGCUGGUUGGGAUCCGAUGAUGUAUGUGACUUUGCAUUCCGCUGGGAGUGUGUGAAAUGGUUUUGUGAUAGGACUUGUGGAAAGUUUUUAAUCAAAUGCCUGACACGUGUUUGAGAAAAAUAUAACACUGAGAAAUUAUUUUGUCCCCCAGAAAAUAUGCUUCGGUAUAGUAAUUUGUUGGUUUAGAGAGAAGGUUGCACGAAAAAAAAAAGAAAAAUAUGAUCAUUUCCCUUCUGAGUGAUGGGACAAUCUUGGUGCUGGAACGUCUUUUCGAAUCUUGAAAAAUGAAACCCUUCUCGAAGUGAUUUUACGCAGAGUUAGAAAAAGUAAAGACUGCUGCUUGCUUGAAAUA